AUGAUAUUUCAAUUUUAGUGUAUUAGAAAACAUCUAAUAUUUGAUAAAUAAUACUUAUUAACCUAUGAUGGUUCAAGUAUAUUUAUUGGGGAAACAAAAGCAAAACCCAAAUACCAAUUGGAAGUAUCUCUAAGAUCUACAAUAACAUUCCACAUCGACGAGGACUUUUAUGGUUUUUCUAUUCCAUACUAAGGCCAAUAGAAGCUCUUCAGGGCAAAUGCCAACAAAAUUAGGGAAUUAAAGAAAUUAAUCGACGCUAAGAUAGUUUAUCUUGACAUAAAUCAAUUCUACCUUCCGUAAUAGGUUUUAGGAGUUGGAGCCUUCUCACAAGUGUAAAUGGUGUAAAAUUUGUAGACAAAGUAGUUAGUAGCUGCAAAAUUUCUGAACAAGAUUCGAGAAGGGAAAUCAAACACCGAAAGAAUGAAUGAUAUAAUAAAUGAAAUCUAAAUAUUGUACCGAUUAAAUCACCCAAAUAUUGUGAGAAUUAAAGAAAUAUAUGAUAAAACUAAUUAAAUAGUCAUCAUACAUGAAUAUGUGGAUGGUUAAACUUUAGAAAGAUUCAUCAAUGAGCAUGGAACUCAAUUACAUUAAACUGAAAUUUAAUCAAUUAUGAGACAAAUUUUGCUAGCCAUUGUCUAUAUACAUGAAUAAGGAUUGCUACAUAGAGACAUCAAACCAGACAACAUAAUGAUUGACAAAAACCUGAACAUUAAGUUAAUUGAUUUUGGAUUGGCAACAAAACAAGGAAGUCCGUUAUGCGUUCUAAAAUGUGGAACUCCAGGAUAUAUUGCACCUGAAAUUAUCAAUUCUUAGAAGCCUCAAUACAACAACAAGAGUGAUAUCUUUAGUCUUGGAGUUGUGUUCUACAAACUGUAAUCCAUUCAUUUCACCCUAGAAUUACUCAACAGGAUUUAUCAUCUGUAAUAUUGCUAUAAUGAGAACAUACUUUCAUUUGAACAAUUAGUCGAAUAUAAUAUAUCAGACUCCUGCUUUGACUUAUUGACUAAUAUGCUCUGUUAUGAUAAGAACAAAAGAAUAAGUGCGAAAGAGUGUUUGCAACAUAAUUAUUUUAAAGAGAGUCUUCGACCUUCUGCCAAGAAAACUUAAGUCUUACUUUAACAAUCUACUUAAUUCGUUUAACAAUAAUCAACUAUGUUUUAGUCCUAAUUGUCAGAAGGAAGUCGAAAACAAUCCAGAAAAGUUAGUGAUAAAACAAACAAUCGAUCUUUAUCGCACAAAAAAUCGAUUAAAUCUGAUAGUUCAAUAUGA